AUAUAUAUAUAUAUAUAUAUAAUCAGAUCUUUCUUUUCUUAUUUCUUAUCACUUUCGCAAAUUUCUCAUGCUUAUAUUUGUUUUAUAUUAUUUUGUGUAAAGAAGGAUAAUGCAGAAAGAAGAGAGUUAUACGGUAUGAUUAUUGAUAUACUCAUACAUAUGUACAGUUUUUAUAUAUACAUGGAGCUACAUGUUAUAUUUGCUAAUUGCUAUCGAGUCAAUUGGAAUUAACUUUUUUAUUAUCAUAAUUCAUCGAGGUGGCUACUCAAGCAGGAGGAAAAUCAGUAGCAGACUGCAAUGAAGAACAGUCUAGUACUCCUCCUGACCCCACAUAUAAUUAUCAACAUACUAAUACAUCCAUCACUGGAUCAUUAGAUUACAAUAUACUAAACAACCCUUCUAAUAAUGAACCUAUUAACAAUCUAAUUCUAUCAAGAACAGGUUAUCAGGAACAGCCUAACAGCACUAUGAAUUGUGUUGAUAGAACACUAAGUUUUGCUGAUGUUAUGCAGUUUGCAGAUUUUGGGCCUAAAUUGGCCCUUAAUCACCCACAAACUAAUAAUAAUGAUCAUGAUGAACAUAGUAUUAAUGGGAUUGAUCCUGUUUAUUUUCUUAAAUUUCCAGUUCUUGGUAGUUCAUCACAUAAUACAGCUCCUUAUAAUCAUAGUGGUUAUAAUCAUCAACAAGAAAAUGCUGGUUGUGUGGCUGGUGUGUCUAAUAACAUGAGUAAUAGUUACACUAAUCCAGUGCAGCUUGAGUUUUUGAGUAAUUCUCAUGAUGAUAAUCUUAUGGGAUUAAGUUUGGAAGAGAAAUUAGAGCCUAUUAGUACAGGUGGAGGCGGAGAUGGUAAUGGAGGAGGAGGAGUCGCGGAGGGGAUUAAUAAAAGUAGCGGUAACACUACUAAGAGGAAAAGGCCGCGAACUAUCAAGACCAAUGAAGAAGUGGAAAGCCAAAGGAUGACUCAUAUUGCGGUUGAAAGGAACCGAAGGAAGCAAAUGAACGAGCAUCUUCGAGUUUUGAGGUCUCUCAUGCCGAGCUCCUAUGUGCAAAGGGGUGAUCAAGCAUCAAUAAUAGGAGGGGCUAUAGAGUUUGUGAGAGAACUAGAACAACUUUUACAAUGUCUCGAGUCUCAAAAAAGAAGGAGAUUGUAUGGAGAUCAAGCACGACCAAUGGUAGAUUCCUCUCCCUCCUCCUCGACAGUCAUAGGACUAGUGCAACAAACUCUGCCCCAGUUUCCACCACCACCCGGAAACCAAUAUCUUCACCUUCAGCCGGAUGAUGAUCAACUUCGUCUAAUGGAUCAUCAGCCCAACCCUACACCUGGACCGGGAGGGUUAGGAUUGCUCCAAGAAGAGACCGCAGAAAGCAAGUCUUGUAUAGCUGAUGUUGAGGUUAAGGUUUUAGGUUUCGAUGCUUUGAUUAAGAUCCUUUCUCGGAGGCGACCAGGCCAACUCAUUAAGGCCAUUGCUGCACUUGAAGAUCUACACUUGUCCAUUCUCCAUACAAACAUCACUACCAUUGAGCAAACCGUUCUAUAUUCUUUCAAUGUCAAGGUUGGUAAUGAAGCACGAUUCACAGCUGAGGAUAUUGCUACUUCUGUUCAACAAAUAUUUACUUUUAUUCAUGCCAAUUCCAAUAUUGUUUAAGUCAAA